AUGUACUCCUCCUUCCGCCGUCGCGUCUCUGCCAUGCUGCCGACUCUCAAGGGCAAAGUAUCGACGUAUGGACCGUCCGCGGUAGCCGCUGCACGCCAGACAUCCGCGCCUGCGACAGCUUCUCGUCCCGUCCAUAGGCAGUUCGCAACAUUCGUUACGAACACGCACCUCCGCACGCGCUCGCGGUAUGGUGUCCAACCGUUGAACAUCCGUCAUGUACACGUUCGCGCGUUGUCGUAUUCGUCGAUCCCGAGGUUCGUGUUGAGGGCGUUCAGGGUGCCGGUCGGAGCUGCGACGGUCGGUGCUGGUGGGUUCACGUAUGCUAAUUACAAGUUCGAAGAGUUCAAGAAGAAGUCGAACGAGGUCUUUUCGACUGUCCAAGAUACCAUCACCGACGCUUUCGACACGGCUUCGGACCUAGCGAAGACAGUUGGCUCGCGUGUGUCCGAGAUCAAAUUGCCCGAAUUCGACACUCCGGACUUUCUCAAGAACCUCUUUUCUUCCUCCGAGAGUGGCAAUGGCGGGGAACACGAGGGAUCGGGAUCUUCGUCUCAGCAGAAGCGUCCUAGUGGCGACGAUGCAGCAGCACUAGCAGCGAUUAUGGCAGCGACCUCUCUUUCUGCUGUGGACUCGAAAGCUGGCGACGAGGAUAGUCUCGGGGGCGACGCGCGACAGAACGGGUUGAUGCACCUGACGAAGAAGCUCAUCGAAAUUCGUUCCAUGCUCAUCAGCAUUGACCAGAGCGAUGCGCUGAAGCUCCCGAGCAUAGUUGUCAUUGGUAGCCAGAGCUCGGGCAAGAGUUCGGUGCUGGAGGCUAUUGUCGGACAUGAGUUCCUACCCAAGGGUAACAAUAUGGUCACGCGCCGACCCAUUGAGCUCACGCUCAUCCAUACACCUGCUCAGUCAGAUGGCAAGACUCCACGAGAAUACGGAGAGUUCCCUGCUCUUGGGCUUGGAAAGAUCUCCGACUUUUCUAGCAUCCAGCGCACGCUCACUGAUCUGAACCUGGCUGUUCCUGCUUCCGAAUGCGUCUCCAAUGAGCCCAUCGACCUUCGCAUCUAUUCCCCUCACGUUCCCGACCUGACCCUCAUCGACUUGCCGGGCUACAUCCAAAUCACCUCAAUGGACCAGCCGGAGACUCUCAAGGACAAGAUUGCAAGCCUGUGCGAGAAAUACAUCCGGGAGCCCAACAUUAUUCUAGCCGUAUGCGCUGCCGAUGUUGAUCUCGCCAAUUCGCCAGCGCUCCGUGCUAGCAGGAAGGUCGACCCGCUUGGUCUUCGAACGAUUGGUGUCAUCACGAAGAUGGAUCUCGUUCCUCCGGAGCAGGGUGCAAGCAUCUUGUCUGGCAACCGCUACCCUCUCCACCUUGGAUAUGUUGGUGUCGUCGCCAAGGGCUCCGGGAAGAAGGGGAACAGGGACUCGCUCGGCACACUCGCAAAGCGCUCCGAGGACGAUUACUUCGGCUCGAAUCGCGACUACUUUGGCAGCACGUCGAAACUUAUGGUCGGCACCGGUACCCUCCGCCGCCGACUCAUGGAGGUCCUCGAAUCGUCAAUGGCUUCCUCUCUGCACGGCAUCACCAACGCGGUCCAGCUCGAGCUCGAGGAAGCGCAGUACCAGUUCAAGGUACAGUACAACGACCGCCGCAUCUCCGCCGAGUCCUACGUCGCCGAGACGAUGGACCUCCUGAAGGCGCGCUUCAAGGAGUACACCGCGCAGUUCCGUAAGCCGCAUGUGCGCGAGAAGCUCAAGGCGAUGCUCGAAGACCGCGUCAUGGACGUCCUCGAGCAGCUCUACUGGACGGACAAGCGCGCCUCCGAGCUCACCCAGCUCGGCGCGGACCCGCGCGUUAAGGCCGAGGACGUCGAGCCGUACUGGCGCUACAAGCUCGAGGCCGCGUCGUCGCUGCUCACGAAGUCGGGGGUCGGGCGCGACUCGACGCUGCUCGUCGCGGACGGGCUGCGCGCGCUCAUCGACUCGAUCGCGCAGGGCGAGCCGUUCAACCACCACCCGCGCGCGACGGAGCGGCUGGUCCAGUUCUCGCACGCGAUCCUGCGCGAGCGCAUCGGGGUGACGUCGGACCAGGUCGAGAACUGCAUCAAGCCGUACAAGUUCGAGGUCGAGGUCGAGCCGCGGGAGUGGGAGGUGGGGCGCGCGGGGGCGGUGGGGCUGUUCGAGAGGGAGCUGAAGUUACUGGAGGACAGGCUGAAGGAGCUCCGACAGCGCGUGGGCGGCAGCAGGCGGCUGAACAACCUCGUGAACUACGUGCGCGAGCUGGACGAGAAGGAGAGGGAGCGGAGGCAGAGGAGGUUGCAGGCCAGCGAGGAGGAUGUGGGUGCGGCGGAGGUCGUGGAUGACUACCGGUACCCGCCUGCGCAGCUCGUGGACGGCCGUCAUGCAAUGUUCUUCAACGACCGCAUCGGCAUCCUCAAGCUCAGGCUCGCCGCGCUUAAGUCUAAGAGGUGUAAGGCUGGACCGGAGAACGACGUCCUAUGCCCAGAAGCGUUCCUCAACGUUGUGGCUGACAAGCUCGCAUAUACGUCUGCCAUGUUCAUCAACAUCGAGCUACUUGACCACUUCUUCUACCAGUUCCCUCGCGAGAUCGAUUCAAGACUGCUGUAUGAUCUUGACCGCAAGGAGAUUGUAGAAUUUGCGCGGGAGAAUCCCAUCAUCAGGAAGCACCUCGACCUGCAAGAGAGGAAAGAUAAGCUCGAAGAGGUUAUGAAGCAGCUCAACAGCUUGGCGACCCUCCGACCGGAUGUGCAGCCAACACCCCGGCGACAGCGCGGGCUGUUCGGCGGCAUGUUCUGA